CUUCAUUCGUGCUUUCAGCUUGUCCACUGGCCAUCGCUGCCCAUCGACACUGCCGGUAAGGAGCAGAUAGAGGAGGUCACAGCGACCCGUGUGGAGAAGUGAACAUUGCGCCAGAAGUGUUGCGCGUUGGUUACGAUGAUCGUGAGCGGAUCGCGCAUGACGCUGCUCAUCUCGCAACGAGUCGCUAGCAGGGUUACCCUCCAGAAAAGGCAAGCAGCAGCGUCUAGCCGCAAGCUAACUGCAGGAGCGACUGCAUCUUCUGGUGCUCGGGGUUUGAGCCAUGAAAGUACAUGCAGAAAGCAAGCACUUGAAAACGGGCGACGAGCAGCGCACCAGUGGCCUUUAUGCCAAGCAAGCACACGGCGAACCGUUCACAUUAGCAGCACGUCAUUAUCAGUAUCGAAACCAGCACCUUCAGCGGCGUCACCAUCGCUAGCCGAAGUUUCAGCAAGACCUACAGAAAGCGGACCAUCAGCAGAGUAUGACAGGCUUGUCUCAAAAGGGGUAUUGACCGACGAUUCUUUCCAACGGUCUAUCGUCGCACGCCUCCAAGGUCUACACGACCAGCUCAAGACGUACAAGCAAAAGCCACCGAAAGCGCCCUCGAAUCAGCCAAAGUCAACGGGGAAAGGCCUCGGAGGGCUCUUCUCCAGUCUGUUCUCCAGUAAAAGCCAUGCUGGUGACGAAAAUGAUGGCACAGUUCACUUGGACGAGUCAGUGCCGAAAGGGAUGUACUUAUACGGAGACGUCGGUACGGGAAAAUCGAUGUUAAUGGAUCUAUUUUACAACACAUUGCCUGCGUCGAUAAAGCGCAAGCGGCGAAUCCAUUUCCACCAAUUUAUGAUCUCAGCGCACAAGCGCGUGCACUACUUUAAAUCGCUGCACCAUAAGCCGUCAGGCAUGGUUGUCUCUGCUACCACUGCCGUCUUGACUAAUACAGCGGCUGCACUUGGGACGAUUGCUGGCGGGCCUGCGCGGGAAACCGCUCUUAAAGCAAGGAAGGACGCAGAAGGACAGGAACUGGAUACCAUUGAGCCCGUGGCAAGAGAGAUUGCGAGCGAGUGCGAGGUUCUGUGCUUUGACGAGUUUCAGGUGACGGACAUUGCUGAUGCCAUGAUUCUCAGACGGCUCAUGGAGUAUCUGGUUGCGAAUGGGGUAGUCAUCGUUAUUACAAGCAACCGACAUCCGAAGGAUCUAUACAAGAAUGGGAUACAACGCUCCUCCUUUAUCCCAUGCAUUGAGCUGCUCCAACAAGGAUUACAGGUGGUAGACCUCGAUUCGGGCACCGACUACCGUAAAGUUCCCAAGGCGCUGUCCAAGGUCUAUUUUGACGGCAACGCCCAAGAGGAUCACAGCGAGUUUGAGAAGAUUUGGACCGCGCUCACAUCGGACGAGCAAAUAAAGGAGAACCGCAGACUACAGAUAUGGGGCCGAGAUCUCAUCGUGCCGCAGAGCACGUCGCGCAUCGCGCGCUUCACGUUUACGGAGCUGUGUGGCAGUCCGAAAGCGGCAGCAGACUACAUUGAGAUCUGCCGGCGCUUCCACACCAUCUUCAUCGAUCAGGUACCGCGCAUGGGCCUGCACCAGCGCGAUCUCGCGCGCCGCUUCAUCACGUUCAUCGACUCUGUGUAUGAGAGCAAAUCUAAACUUAUCCUCAGCUCUGAGGGCCCCAUUCUCCAAAUCUUCUCCGCCGACGCGUCAGCUGGAAAGCCGACCGAGGGCGCGAUGCGCUCGCUCAUGGACGAUCUUGGUCUGACCAUGGACGACAUUGGCGGCAACCCCAUCUUCACCGGUGAAGAAGAGCUUUUCGCUUUUGCGCGUGUCAUCUCACGUCUCAGCGAGAUGAACACGGUGCAAUAUGCGCAAAGCGUUCGCAUUGUGGAUGAAGCACCACCAGAAGCAUAGAAGCGAUCUUCUCGCUUUCAGCUUUUGUACUUUACCCCACCCUGCCCGCUUCCAAGAGGGAGGACGCUCGCUCGCUAUCCGCUUUCGAUUUGUUCGCCAUGCAUCCACUGGGCAGUCUACGUAAGGUAUGCCUUUCAAAGGAGCACAGCUCCGUUGCGAGAAUCUUGCUCCUGGCUGGCGUCCCACGUAGCGUGUUUAAAAGUACGCUGCGCGCGCGACGUUUGCACCUCUGUAUCUGCACGCGCCAGCGAGACACACGGGAAUGUAGCUAAGCACCGAAUGGGGUAUCAACCCUUGAUUGCAUUUCUAAAAAG